AUGCGUUUCUUUGCCUUUGCUAUGUUUGUGGCCUUUGCCACUGCUGCUCCAAUUCUCAGCGAGAGCUCCCACGACGCCAGUCUAACGAGUGGUGACUAUGAGAAACGCACCAAUAUCUAUCCAUGCAUCAAGCUGGAGGGCGAAGAGGGCGAGAACCUCGACAAACGUGCCAUCUACAGCUGCGCAUGA